UGUUUACAUGUUAAUUUAAUACAAACUGGUAAACAAUUGUACUUCACUUUAGUGAUUAGACAGGUCUAUUUAAUCAAGUUUCCGUGUCUAUUAUUGAUUUAACACAUUCCAACUAAUUUCUCGAUAAAUGACCAUGAAGACGAUUAAAGUAUUGCCGAACCUGGAUGUUGUUAAUAGUGAAUUGAGACAGAUAAUUCAAGAAACUUAUGACAACUGUAAAAAACGUUUGUUUACAAUCGGUCUUUCUGGUGGUUCAGUGAUCACUUGUUUAACAACUGUCUUACCUACUCUUCAGGUUAACUGGAAAAAAGUCAGAUUCUUCUUCUGUGAUGAAAGGAUAGUUCCUUUUGACGAUCCUGAAUCUACAUUUGGCUGUUAUUGGAAAGCUCUGGAGGGAGUUAUACCCAUUGAAAAGGACCAGUUUAUCGAAAUCGAUCCGACUUUGGAUGGUGAUGAAGUUGCCAAAAAAUAUGUUCAAAGAAUUGGCGCAACAGCGAAUGUUGAUCGCGCUGGAUUUCCAGUAUUUAAUCUCUUACUUUUAGGAAUGGGUCCAGAUGGUCAUACGGCAUCGUUGUUCCCAAAUCACAAGGCAUUAGAGGAAACCAAAGAAUGGGUUACUUACAUUGAUGACUCGCCUAAGCCUCCACCAAAACGAAUAACACUGACUCUUCCUGUUAUCAAUAAUGCUGAGACGGUUAUUUUCGUUUCCACAGGAGCGUCAAAAGCUGAAAUUUUGAAAAAAAUAAUUGUCGAAGGAGAAGAUUAUCCAGCCGGAAGAGUAAACCCUAAAAAAGGAGAAUUAUUUUGGUUGCUUGAUAAAGCUGCUGGCUCGCUACUCCCGGCAGAAAUGGGUGGCUCGGUGGUGUAGUGGUUAUAAUUGUCCAUAACUUACAUAUUUCCUUGUUCAAAUCAAUUUAAUUUUGGAUGAUUUUUUUAAUUUUAAAGCUACGGGCUUCUCGGAUUAAACAGUGUUUAUGAUAUGUGAA